AUGUCCUCGAGGCGGGUACCUCUGACGAGUAACCCCAAUGUUGCCAACUCUCCAUUAAGAGGACCUUCUUCCCUGCACGCGUUCGCAAAGCAGAAAAGGUCUUACGCCAACAUUCAACGCGAGGAGGCUUAUGGCCAGCCUCCUCCCGUGAAGAAGCAGGUCCUGGACAAUGGUACCCAGCGUGCCGUUCGUUCUCCUUCCAAGGCAUCCCGUACCCAGGUGUUAGUCCAACGGGCCAGCACGCGUCCAGUUACAAAGGAACGUGUUGCAAGGGCUACUCCAGCAUCGACAAGAACUGUACAGGAUGUGGACACGGAGAAGGAGGUGUGGAAAAAGCACCACCGGGCCAAAUUCCCGAAGAUGGUUUUCUAUUUCGAGAGUAUACCCGAUGAUAUUAGAGCAAAGCUGACCAAGCGAGUCAACUACCUCGGUGCACGUCAAGAGCCGUUCUUUUCUAUCGAUAUUACCCACGUCGUUACGACUCGGUCGAUCCCACCCGAAAAGUCUGGAACUCAACAUGAGCACUCUUUGGACCAAGAGCAGCGGGAGCCAGAAGAGCAGCCACAAACUAUCAAUCCGUCUCUACUGGAUCGAAACACAGCGGCCGGUCGUCGAAAACUCUUGUUCGACUUUCAACAGACACAGAUACCGUCCCAACAGACCGAUGAUCCAACAAGGCGAACCAAAGCCACCCGCAACAAUGAUGUUCUUCACAAGGCCCGAGAGAUGGGGAAAAAAAUCUGGUCGUUAGACAAGUUCCAAAACAUGCUUGCUGUUCUGUUGGAAACGGAGACCCAGGCUACGACCUAUGCAUCCAGAACCACAAGCGUUAGAAGUCAAUAUGGCAUGACAAAAGGCUCUCACGAACCCAAUUUGCUCCAACUAUUGCACAAUGAGCGUCUCAACGGGCCUUCAGAUCGUGAUCCGACGGCAGUGAACCGAGAGCUGGCUUACUUCAAGGGUCCCUAUAUCUAUGUGUGGGAUAUGGACGAAAAGUACAAGCCUGUCAUGGUUCGCGAGUACGCAAAGGCCGCCAACAAACAAGACGGCGAAUGGCCGCAAUUUCGAAGCGUUGGCAAUGGACGCUGCCCAUUUGUUGAGGAAAUUGACAUUCCAGAUAAAGAACGUCGCAACCGUGAGCGAGAAAAGGAUGUACGGCCUGCUAAAAGAGAGGACCCAGUUCCGAUUCUGAAGCCUCCAGAGAUUCCCAUGCCAAAGCCAGUCACUGGAAAGCGAACCUUGGCAGAGAUGGAAGACGGCCAGAACCGUGUCAGAACGGGUCUAGCACUGGAUAUCUUCAACCCAGCCAAGGCAGUUCUCUCUAAGCAGACCGAGUUGAAGUCGCAGAACGCCUUUACUAGUCGGGCUGAAGGUACCAGAUUGUUUGCCGGCGAGCCGGUGGCUUCAGGAAUGCAGCCAUCGAAUGUCACGUCAGCCAUUCGUUCUCAAAUGAUUUCAUCCACAUCUGGCAUCAAUGGUAGCAAAGCUGGGACCAGUAAAGAGGUCCACGGUCUCCAGAGAAAAGUACUUCAGAAAUCCAAACCAGCUUCUCACGAUGUUAGUUCUCGCCGUUUUGCAGAGGUCUCCAUGGACGUCGCAUCUAGUCGGUCGACAACCAUGAGUCGACAAACAUCCAAGGCUGUUCAGCCUGCUGAUGAUGAAUCGCAAAGGACAGAGGGCAGGGAGAAGAAGUUGAAUUCGCAGUCUCUCAAGAGCAAGCGAGACUUGAAACCUGGUUACUGUGAGAACUGUCAGGAUAAGUUCCCAGACUUUGAUGAGCAUAUCUUGUCACGGAAACACCGCAAAUUUGCUGAAAAUGACGAUAAUUGGACCGAGCUAGAUUUGUUGCUCGAGCAACUGAAGCGAAUGCCAAAAUACACUGGCGCCGAGUCCGAUGACGAAGAUGACGGGUGGUAA